AUCCUGCCUCAUCUCACCCGUACGGACGGCUUUCACGCGCUUCAAACGCCGCAAUCCGCAUUUCAGACUUGGCUCAAUUCCAUAUCCACCCUCAGCCCGUCCAAAUAGGCAAUUCCUGAACGAAAGCCGCGUGCGUCCAGCGGCAAUUAGUCGUUAUCGUCUAACUGAAUUUAUCGGCACAGGCGGAAUCCAAUCCACACCACCCUCCCCUCCCUACGGCACGGUACUCAACGUUGGUUGCCUUAUUUCUCAGAAAAAAGAAAAAAGGCCUCACUUACGCUAUCCGUCCGGUCCCGUCCACAGUGACCGGAUUGUGGCGGCCCCCCCAAGGAUGAAUACCGUGGAUUCCGGUGCCAGUAGCAAGGCCAGCUCCACAGCCUCGGCACCAUCUACACCCCCAGGAAUCCCAGCACCAUACGGUAGGGCUUGUGCCAACUGCGUCAAGGCCAAAUGCAAAUGUUUUUAUCGCGGUAAUGGCCGUGAGAUUAGCAGUUGCGAAAGAUGUCACCGACUAGGCAAAGACUGUGUGCCUUCCGAGACUGUCCGUAGGCGAACUUCAAGACGCCAGGGCACAUCAAGGACUGCUCAACUUGAGGAGAAGCUCGAUGAUCUGGUCUCGCUCCUCAAAACCCACCAGCAAAAACCCGGGGUUGGGCCUGCCGCUACAUCCAUUACAACUUCCCGAGGUCCGCUAUCAGCCAACAAGGAGUUCUCUCUCGCUGGCCCAGCAUUACUAGAUUCUACACCAAUUAUUACUAUGCCCAAUAACCAGCAAUCUUCCACGAUGUCUCCUUUGUACCCCAAAGGAAGAAAACACAGCAUAGACGCGCCCCAUGAGAGGCUAAGGGCUCCUAGCACGUCUGCUUCCAGCACUUCUGCUCCAAGUUUCAGUAUGCAACCUGACCAGGAAGCCGAAGAAAGCCUCCAAGUUUUCUCAAAACAGUUUCUCUUCUCAUUUCCUUACUUCCGCGUCACAGAAGACAUGACUGCAUCCAAAUUACAAGCCCAAUACCCACUCUUCAUGCUUGCCAUCAAGUCGAUCAGCUGCAAGGUAUUCUCGCGACAGAUGAAGUAUUCCGAGGAACUGCAGCACAUGCUAGCACAAAAGCUUCUGAUGGACUAUGAUAACUCUAUGGAUCUUUUGCUCGCUCUCAUCACGUGCAUCGCAUGGAUCCAUUUUCAUGAAGCCAGGAGACCAUUCCUCACAGCUAUGACACGGUUGGCCAUUUCUCAGGUUGUUGAGCUCGGUCUACAUAGACCAUUCGGUGAGCCGUCUGGGAUCUAUUCAUUUAGAGUGGCGAGCGGGGACACGUUUGCAAACAAGGAGCCAGCGCACAUCAAGCCAAGCAACGAACACCGUCGAGCCGCUCUGGGCUGCUUUGUUGUCACCUCGUGGAUAUACACGUCGAUGAGGAGGGCAGAAGGACUCCCAUGGACAUCCUAUCUCGAGGGCAUGAUGGUACAUCUGCUAAAAGAGUCGGAUUGGGAUGGAGACAAAAUACUUGUGGCCAAUGUCAAAGUGCAACGGCUCCAGGAACAACUGUACAGAGCCCGAUUUCAUCCUGCUGCUGGCGACCUGGGUCUGGCCAAGGACCCACACAAAGGGCUUCCCUCAUACUAUAUCAACCUGCUCAGGCAAACAUCGCGAGAUUUGCGGUACUCUUUGCCUGACGACAUAGCUGGCGAUGCAGCUUCAGUCGCCUUUCUCCUAAGGUAUUUGGAGCUUGCGAUAGCCGAAAGCGCCCUUGAUUACAAAGAAGCACCCUUUGCAAACCCUAAACACGUCAACCUCCCGACCAGUACCAGGCAGCUCGAGAAUAUCCAUGCCCUAGUCGAAGCCUUUGAACGCUUCUUCAGUCUCGUCCUCGAUCUUGCUCCCAUACACUUCUAUGGCAUGCCGUACACAUUUAGUGGGGCAGUGCCGCAGGCCAUGUGGAUGCUUUUAAAGCUGUGCCUCAGUCAUCCCGACUCGGUCUGGGACCCCAGAGAGAUUAGCCAGCGCAUCAACCCUACGUCUAUAGUCGAUGCCAUGCGCGACAAGCUCAUGGCCAUUCCCGAGUCUGCGGGCCUCACCAACGUGUCCACGCCUGACACGGCAAAUCCAGACGCACCGCAAAGUGACAAUAUAUUCACCAAGUGUGGACCAAUUCUGGACUCUGUUCGCUUGAGAUGGGCAGCUGAACUCCAAAAACACGCGGCCCCACCGCCGCCUCUGCCGCCUUCUCAAGAAGGUACGCCGUCGGCAACUUUUAAUGGAAGCGCGAUUCCUAUCACCCAGCAGGGGCCCAUUGCCACGCAGAUGAACAUGCAGACCGGGUUUGAAUCCCAUGGCCAGCAUCCAGACAUGAUGCCCAUGUUGAUGCCGCAGUACGACUAUUCUUCUUGGUUGUCAUUUACUCCUUUAGAACAAGGCUGGUAUCCAAUGGACAUGUCUUAUAGCCAAUAAGAAUGCAUAUGCGAAGGACUUGGAGUAAAGUGGUCACCAAGAUCUGGCACACGGUGACGAAUCGGCCACUGGCGGGAAAGCCGCUGAAUGCGCCUACGGCGAUGGGAACAGACAUCCCCUAGGCCUUGAGAUGAGGUACGACUGAGCUAGACCCGUCCUUGUAUCUAUCAAUCUACUUGUCUUGAUUUAGAGGCUGACGGAUUGGCUUGCUUGACAAUUUCUGUCAAGAGCACAAACCUCAGAUCAGCAGUGGACUGAGUUGUACAAAACGGAAGAUGGUACCUGAGAGUUUUGCCAGCAGUAGGCAUAGCAGUUGCGAACAGACCAGUUUUAUUCUGGAUACGGCCCAAGAUGAUACAUUAUUUCUUGGCUUUGACGAUGUGUUUGGCGGCGGAUGUUAUAAUCUAGUAGGCCCCCGUGAGGGCAGGUUGCGAUUUCGUCUUGAGAAGCUAAGUAUCUUCCCGAAAUUGUUCACAUUAUUAGUAAUGCAGAGUGUUGUAGACACAACCGAGUGCCCAGACCGCAAGUCCGCCUGAAAGUUCGUUGUCGAGUGAGUAUGGCAGAGCUGACGUUUUCACGCCGGAAACUGACGUGUGUUCCCGAAGGAACUGUCCGUCUGCAUGACCAUGAAACUGAGCAUCCCAUAGUUGGAGUCCGGACACCUGAUUGUAAUUAUACAAUUGCACCUACACAGUGAACCUUUGCAUCAUCUAAUUUGACACCUCACUCGCAUGCCUCGUUAGCUUUUAAGGCC